UUUGGUCUGCAGUUUCCAUGUCCAAGAAUAACCUACGCAAAAACAAAGAAGUUUUUACAUGUUGUCCAAACAACUAAAAUUUUAUCUGUCAUUUAAUACUUUUGUAAAAUGUAAUUUUCAUCAGCAGGCUGUAGGCUUUAUGAGUUGAUGUCAGUUCAGUAUGACUUGUUGUUCAGCGUCUAUUCGACGCCGCCUUUUAUUACUGAAAUUUUGAUAGUGUUGCUUUUAAUUGUCAUUCUUGGAUUUCCGAGCGCUUCUUAUGUGUCACGAUAUGUGCAAAGUGAAACAUCACCAAGAGAGGAUGUAACUGCCUCAGAGAGAGUGGAUGUGACUGAAACUGUGCCUGGAAGUAAUGAGCCUGUGACUGAGGUACCUGACACUGAUACAGGUAGUCUUGAACCUGAUCUAGAUCUCGAACCUGACCAUGGUCCUGAGCCUGAACCUGAUUCUGAUGAUCGUGGUCCUGAUGACCAUGGUCCUGAUGAUCAGGGUCCUGGAGAUGCUGGUCCUGAAGAGCCUGAUUCUGAAGAGCCUGGUCCCGAAGAGCCUGGUUCUGAAGAGUCUGGUCCCGAAGAGCUUGGUCCCGAAGAGCCUGGUCCCGAAGAGCCUGGUCCCGAAGAACCUGGUCCCGAAGAGCCUGGUCCAGAAGGGCCUGGUCCAGAAGGGCCUGGUCCUGAAGGGCCUGGUCCUGAAGAGCCUGGUCCUGAAGGACCUGGUCCUGAAGGACCUGGUCCUGAAGGACCUGGUCCUGAAGGGCCAGGUCCCGAUACUGGUCCUGACCCUGGGUCUGAACCUGGCUCAGGUCCUGCUCCUGAUGCUGGUGGUCAGGAAAACAGUGGGGAAGAUGAUAUACUAGGAACACAGAGAAGUGUACAAGUACUUUAUUGUAAAAGCAGUAACUAUCCAGAAUUCACUCAUUCAGAAACUGAAGAGUAUCUUGGAAAAUAUGGUAUAUUACCUCCCCUCCGCAAAUACUUUAUAGUCGAAAAAAAUGUAUCAGACAAAAUGUCUCUGGAAGGAGAUUUUCGCAGCAUUUUCCAUGAUAUACCAGGAGACCAUGUUAAACCAAGAAUUGAAAUUCAAAGAAGUGACAAGGGAAAUUUUUAUAGGCAGCAAGCUGGAAAUAUUUCUACUGUGUCUGCCACUGCAAAGGAUUUCAAGCCGCAGAGUUUGGAAGAUACAUCAAGACUAAGACAGUAUGAAGUACUUUCAUGCAAAGAAGAAACUUCUUCCCAAGAAACUUCAGUUACCAGUGUCAGUUCUAGUCCUCUUUUCAUCAAAAAGUAUAAAAGUAAAUUGGAUGGGUCUAUGAAAAUGAAACUUAAAGGAAUAAAACAAAGCUCAAGUCGGAGAUAUCCUGGAAGAAAUUCACCUCAGAAAAGUCAGCAAUUUGUGCCUUUCACUGAACAUAUAGUGGGAGAUAAUUUGGAGAAAGGCUGUUUAAUGAUAGGUACAUCAAGACUGAAACAGCAUGAACUAUUUGCAUGCAGAGAAGAAACUGCUUCACAAGAAAAUUCUGCUGCUAGUGUCAGUACUAGCUCUCCUUUCAUCAGGAAGUAUAAUAGUGAACUAGAUGGUUAUAUGAAAAUUAAACUUAAAGGAAUACAACAAAGCUCAAGUCAAAGAUCUGCUGGAAGAAAUACAGCUCAGAAAAGUCAAGGAUUUAUACCUUACACUGAACAUUCAGUGACAGAUUUUUCUGAGAAAGGCUUUUCCAAGAGAGAUACCUCAAGACUGAAACAGUAUGAACUACUUGCAUGCAAAGAAGAAACUGCUCCACAAGAAAAUUCUGUUAUGAGUAUCAGUUCUAAACCACUUUUCAUUAAUAAGUAUAAUGGUAAAUUGGAUAGUUCUCUGAAAAUGAAACUUAAAGGAAUAGAACCAUACUCAAACCAGAGAUAUGCUGGAAGAAAUGCACCUCAGAAAAGUCAACAAUUCAUGCCUUGCACUGAACAUUCAGUGACAGAUAAUUUAGGAACAGGUUACUUUAUGAGAAAAAAGUCACAGAUUUCAAAGUUCAAUGAUGAUUUCAGUAAUUUACAUAAUAUGGAUGAAAGAGCAUAUUAUUUUGAGUCUAAGGAAUCACAAGAUAGUUUCAAGAACAGAUAUGGGACUACUGAUUGGGUUCCAGAUAAUACAAACGAUCACAAUAUUAGCUACUCCAAUGCAGAAGAUAACUUAGGAUACCACAUGAAAGACAGAAGUCAUCCUCUGACUGAAGGGGAUGCAAGUGGUGGUAAGGAUCCUACUUAUUUUGCACCAUAUUCACAUUCUGAGAGGUUCCAGCGUUUUGCCAGCAGAGAAAGUGUUCGAAAAUUUAAGAGCAGCUCUGAUGUUAAUGAUUCAGAGAGCAGUCUUUCAGAAAAACUUCAUAACGUUAGAAUGGAGGAGGCAAAAUUAUUUGUUGAACUCCUGAGACAAGUUCACUAUAAGAACCUAAGAGCUAAGAGCAAAUACAAGAUUCAAAGAAAACUGAACUACAAUCUUCACUUUUCAUCAGAUGAAAGUCCAUCACAGUACCCAGCUGGAAAGGUAAAUGAACAAAGUGUGGGAGAUGAUAAUAGCCACAGUAUAUCUGAAAGCAUGAAAGAUUCUGAACUGAAACAUCUCCCCACAAGUAAAACAAUGGACAAAUAUUUUUCUAGCACAGAUGAUGAAUCUGAUGGGCACUAUAUGUGAAUUUCAUAUUACAAUAUUUUGGUGUUAAAUGUCUACUGUACUUUCUCAAUAAGUGUGUGUUUUUAAAUAUUUAUGAAGACAUUCAACAACAUUAAAGCACUCAAGGUAGUGUGCGAAAGAAUACUACAAGAACAAUGAGGUGGAUACAGAAGUCGUUUUGAAGUAAUAAUGAUAAAUUUUGAGUUUGACAUUGGUUGUGUUGCUGUACAAAUUGUGCAAAAAAAGUAAAUGCUAAUUUUCUGCUUCGUUGUAUAGGCAUGUAUGUACAGUUUUUAAAUCAUUUUUGUCAUGUAUUUAAUGUCAACAUGCAUCAAUAAAUAAAUUUUCAAAAUGACUAUGGUGACAUUAUAUGUGGAGUUAAUGCAUGUUCAUA